GAAACCCCUCUUAUUUGCUCCUGCCAUGAAUACCCUGAUGUGGGAACAUGUAAUCACAAAGAAACAAAUAGAAUCCUUGACAGGAUUCGGGUAUAUAGAAAUACCCUGUGUUGCUCGAAAGUUGGCCUGUGCUGAUGUAGAUCGUUAAUAUGGAAUGUCAAGUUAAGAAAAAUGAGCAUUUUCAACACCUCCUUGUUUUUGCUUUUAAUCAAGGUUCUAAGGCCACAAAAGCUGCUCGCGACAUUUGUGCUGUGUAUGGAGAGGGUGCCAUAGCUGAAAGAACCGCUCAUAAUUGGUAUGCCAAGUUCAAAAGUGAAAAUUUUGACUUCAAAGACACACCUCAUUCUGGCCGUCCAGUUGAGUUCGAUGAAGAGAGAUUAAACCAACUUUUGCACGAAAAUUCUCGUCAAACAACAAGGGAACUGGCAGAGAAAAUGGAAUGCUCCCAAACUGCUAUAGAGAAGCAUCUUCACUCGAUGGGAAAGGUUCAGAAGUAUGGAGCAUGGGUUCCGUUGAGAACAACAAAAAUCAACGAGCCACAAUCUCCGCUGGUUUGCUUGCUUGUCACCGCUCAACUCAUGGACACAUGCAACGAUUUCUUUACCGAAUUGUUACUGGCAACGAAAAAUGGUGUGAAACAAGAUCUUUAUCUGCGUAAAACGAUGUUGUGCGUAUGGUGGAACUGGGAAGGGAUUAUCCAUUACGAAUUGCUUGAACGGAACCAAACGGUCAACGCGGAACUCUACGCUCAACAUGGCGAUUCAAGAGAAAAGACCUAAUCAUCAGCAUGGAGUUCUGCUGCACGACAACGCCCGCACUCAUAUCGCCAAUAUGACCAAGGAAGUCAUUCAAACGCAUGGCUGGGAAGUGCUGCCACACUCUCCUGAUUUGGCACCAAUGGAUUUCCACUUCUUUCGAUCUCUUUCAAAUGCUAUGCGCGGAUUUUCAUUCAAUACUGAUGCAGAAUUGAGAGCUUGGCUGGAUCAAUUUUUCAAGUCGAAAUCGGGUGAUUUUUACCAAUGAAGUAUUGAGAAUCUUGUUGAAAAGAAGUUGUAAACAACAAGGGUGAAUACAUUAUUGAUCAAUUAGUUGUUUUUUUUUGUUAAACCUUUUAAAAAAAACGGUGGGAACUUCGUUACCAACCCAAUAUAUCCAGUGGAGCAUGCUGGCUUUAUUCCUCUCCUCUCUGCAUUUAGAACCCACAUCUCAAUACAAUGUAGCAUUGCUGUUCGUAGAAAUGCAUCAUACAAUUCUUCCUUUCACUUGAAAAGAAACACCUUUGGUUCCUAACAGCUCUCUGAACUUUCUCCAUCCUAUUAUUAUAUUGGGUCUCACUCUCACACUUAUAUACACAGAGACGAGUGAGCACGUACCCUUCCAUCAUUUAAGAUUUUCAGGCAAUUCUGCAGUGGAGCCUCUGUAUUUAAGACUCAUCUCAACUCUUCAACAUGUUUACUCUAUCUCUUCUCAAACCCCUUACAUUCUAUCAACAAAAUGAUUCAUCAGUUCU